AUGGCGGCGGCCGGCUCGCUCGUCGCCAGCGAGCAAGCCUACCCGCUGCAGGUGAUCCAGCCGGAUGACUCCCUGCCCGACGGCGACGGCCUUACCUGGAAUAAGGCGCCCUGCCGAUUCUGCGGCACCGGCUGCCACGUCCAGGUGGGCGUUGAGGACGGCCGCGUGGUUGCUAUCGCCGGCGACAAGGCGGCAGACGUCAACAAGGGCCUGCUGUGCGUGAAGGGCUACCACGUCGGCGGAAUCCUUUACGGCAAGGACCGGCUCACCACCCCGCUGCUCCGCCGCGACGGCAAGCUGGUUGAGAUCGACUGGGACGAGGCCAUCGAGAUCAUUGCCCAGCGAAUCUACGACGCCCCCGACAAAUUCGCAUUCUACGGCAGCGGGCAGUGGACCAUUCCCGAGGGCUACGCCGCGCAGAAGCUGAUGAAGGGCGGGCUGUCAAACAACCACAUCGAUCCGAACGCGCGUCUGUGCAUGGCCUCGGCGGUGACCGGCUUCCUCGCCACCUACGGCGUGGACGAGCCGGCCGGCUGCUACCAAGACCUUGACGAGUGCGACGUGCUUAUCACUUGGGGCAACAACCCCGCAGAGAUGCACCCGGUGUUGUUCUCUCGGGUCACCGACCGCCGCUCCCGUGGAGAAACGAUCCGCAUCAUCGACAUCGGCACCCGCCGCACGCGCACAACGGACGCGGCGACCGACUACCUCGAGAUGAAGCCCCACGGCGACGUCGCCAUCGCCCUGGGGAUCAUGCACCUGCUUAUCAAAAACGAAUCGUACGACAAGUCGUUCGUGGAAAAGCACUGCGCGUUCCGCGGUGACGAAGCCGACACGCCCACGCUGCAGGGCGAGGCCAUCACGGAAGAACACUUCCGCGAGCGGAUCGCCAAGUACACCCCGGAGCACGUGGAGGAACUAUCCGGCGUGCCGGCCGACCAGAUCCGCAUGCUGGCCGACCUGUUUGGAGACCGCGACGCGCGGAUUACCUCGCUGUGGUGCAUGGGCAUGAACCAGCACACGAUGGGGACCGCGAUCAACUCGCUAGUUCACGGCGUGCACCUUCUGUCGGGGCAUUUUGGCCGUCCCGGCGACGCGCCCACCAGCCUCACGGGGCAACCGUCCGCGUGCGGAACCGUCCGCGAGGUGGGCACCCUGGCGCACGCUCUGCCAGGGGGGAGGCUCAUCGCCAAGCCCGAGCACCGCGCGCAGUGCGAGGAAUUCUGGAACCUGCGCCCGGGCGCCAUCAACGACACGCCAGGCUAUCACACGGUGAAGAUGUUCGAGCAGUUCACCAAGCCAACCGCCGAAGGCGGCGACAUCACCACGCUCUUCGUGCAGGUCACCAACCCGGGGCAGACGCUGCCGAACCUCAACGCCCUGUUCAAUGACAAGCAGGGGCUGGAAGACAAGUUCCUCAUCGUCAGCGAAGUCUACCCGACGGCGACCACCCAGCUCGCCGACCUGAUCCUGCCGGCCGCGAUGUGGGUGGAGAAGAACGGCGUCUACGGGAACAGCGAACGCCGGACCCAGCAGUGGUUCAAGAUGGUCGACCCGCCCGGUCAGGCCCGCGACGACGCCUGGAUGACCAUCGCGAUCGCCCGCAAGCUGUUCGACAUGGGCCACGAAGGGAUGCGGGACAAGGACGGCGAGUUCAUCUUUUCGGUGAAGGACGAGAACGGCGACGAGGUCCCCGUCUGGCAGUACGACCACUACUACGACGUCAACGUCGACAAGCACCUGUUCGAAGAGUACCGCCAGUUCACCCGCAUGAAGCACAAGAACCUGGCGCCGUACGACGAGUACGUCAAAGCCCGGGGCCUGCGGUGGCCGGUUGUUGAACAGCCCGACGGCUCUUGGCGCGAGACCCGGUUCCGAUUCUCCGGAUUCGACGACCCGUUCGUUGCAGAAGGGCAGGAGUUUGACUUCUACCACUCCACCAGCGGUGACGGGCGAGCCCAGAUCUGGUUCCACGAGUACCAUCCGCCCCCUGAGGUCCCUGACGAGGAGUACCCGUUGUGGCUCUGCACCGGCCGGGUGCUGGAGCACUGGCACACCGGCACCAUGACCCGGCGGCUGAGCCCGCUCAACCGGGCGAUGCCAACCGCCUACGUCGAGAUGCACCCAGACGACGCCAAAUCGGCCAACAUCCGUCAGGGCGAAACGGUCGUCAUCCAGUCGCGUCGCGGCGCCGCGGAAUUACCGGUCUGGAUCGACGGCCGAGGGAAGCCGCCCCGCGGCACGAUCUUUGUGCCGUUCUUCGACGAAACGAAGCUCAUCAAUAACUGCACGCUCGAGGCGUUUGACCCGUUCUCCAAACAGCCCGACUACAAGAAGGGCGUCGACAUGAACAAGCUGGCGACAGUCUUUCUAUCGGUGGUGCUAGCGGUCGCGGUGGUCGGCUUCUUCGUCGGCAUCUCUGACGGCGUGCCCCAGCCGGACGGGCUGCAGGACUCGCCACUGGAGUUACCCGACGCACAACACCACGCGGCCCAAGACCACAAGCUGGUCGCAGCGACCAGCUACGCCGACGUCCCAGAUGUGGCCAUGGGCCCCACGGCCGCCUGGCGGGCCCAGCCUCAGCAACUGCCGCCGACCCCGUACGACCUGUUCGCCGAAGUUCAGCCGAGCGAGGAGGAGAAGAUAGAGUCGAGCAGAGUUCGCGCGUCACGGCGCGCCUACAACGGCGCGCCGCCGAUCAUCCCUCACCCGGUCGAGAACACGAACGACGCCGCCUGCUACGCCUGCCACUCCAACGGCAUGAGGAUGGCCAACCUGAAGGCGAGCGUGAUGUCGCACGAGUUCCUUGGCAACUGCGUCCAGUGCCACGCGCCGAUGGCGCCGGCGCCGUUCCGAGAGAUGGACGCAACCGUCCAGACCACGUUCGUUGGUCUGCCCGCGCCGAAGCAGGGUGAGCGGGCCUACCCCGGCGCGCCGCCAACGAUCCCGCACUCGCAGUGGAUGCGGCAGAACUGCAGCGCGUGCCACGGCGGGCCCAACGGCUGGGCCGGGCUGGAGUCGACGCACCCGUGGCGGACCAACUGCACGCAGUGCCACGCCCCUUCCGCCGCCCUUGAUCAGGCCGUGGCGGUGGACGCUGUGCCCAUGCUGCCCCCCCUCCAGGUCGACGUCCAAUGA